AUUGUCAAAUUGUUGCUGCGUACGGAAUGCAAGUGCCACGGUGUGAGUGGCUCAUGCGCAAUGAAGACCUGUUGGAAAAGUCUACCUCCGUUCCGCGCGAUUGGUGACAUCAUGACGAAAAAGUAUCGUAAGGCGAAAGUGGUGCAGGCCAUUGCAGUUACGGGGAAAACCAACGGUCAGCUGCAGUUGGUUUUAAAAAGGAGGGGUAAACAGCAACACACCAGUGUAAACAACCAACAACCAAAGAGAAUGGAAUUGGUUUAUUUGCAACCUUCACCAAACUACUGUGAGCGCGACGAUAACUCUGGCAUUUUGGGAACAGUUGGGCGUCAAUGCAAUCGCACAUCGAACUCAAUGGACAAAUGUGAUCUGUUAUGCUGCGGGCGAGGCUACAACACACACCAGAUUGUAAGAACAUGGCAGUGUAACUGUAAGUUCAAAUGGUGUUGCACAGUCAACUGCGACAUUUGCACUGAACGGACCGAGGAGUACACGUGCAAAUAGUGCGAAAAAAAUUAAUUGAAUUUACUGUAAACUAUUCAAUGGAAAAUCAUAACUUGCUUUAUUCUAGUUAUGCUUUAUGUCUUAGACAGGACUCAGUAUUAUUUGAAUGUACUUUAAUUCAUAUUAUUUAUAAUAAAUCGUAUUUUAAUUAAUGU